CUCUCUGUGUUUUCACUCUGAAGCUCUACACAACUUUACACCUGAAUGAAUGCCAAACCUCAGGGAUAUAUAAAGGGAACCUUGAGGAAGAAUUUCACAGUUACAGUGCAGGAGCAAGAGGGAAAGGAAUUAACUAGCUCUCCAGCCAAGCAGAUCCUCUACUCACCAUGCUUCCUCCUGCCAUUCAUUUCUAUCUCAUUUCCCUUGCUUGCAUCCUAAUGAGAAGCUGUUUGGCUUUUAAGAAUGAUGCCACAGAAAUUCUUUAUUCACAUGUGGUAAAACCUGUUCCAGCACACCCCAGCAGCAACAGCACGAUGAAUCAAGCCAGAAAUGGAGGCAGGCAUUUCAGUAACACUGGACUGGAUCGCAACACUCGGGUUCAAGUGGGUUGCCGGGAACUGCGUUCCACCAAGUACAUCUCUGAUGGCCAGUGCACCAGCCUCAGCCCCCUGAAGGAGCUGGUGUGCGCGGGGGAAUGCCUGCCCCUGCCGCUGCUCCCCAACUGGAUCGGGGGAGGCUAUGGAACCAAGUACUGGAGCCGGAGGAGCUCCCAGGAGUGGAGGUGUGUCAACGACAAAACGCGCACCCAGAGGAUCCAGCUGCAGUGCCAAGAUGGCAGCACGCGCACCUACAAGGUCACCGUGGUCACCGCCUGCAAGUGUAAGAGGUACACGCGGCAGCACAACGAGUCCAGCCACAACUUCGAGAGCAUGUCUCCCGCCGAGCCAGGCCAGCACCACAGAGAGCGCAAGAGAGCCAGCAGGCCCAGCAAGCACAGCAUGAGUUAGGGCUCAGACUCUGAACCUGGACUGGCUGGUAACCAUCUGCUUUACAGAUCUGAUUUGCUUGGAAGAUUCAAGUCUGCCAUUGCUAUUUUCUUACUUGAAAAUACAUGCUUUCUGCUUUGAUGAAACCCAGCAAGCUGUCCUAAGUAUCAGGACCUUCUCUGGGAGUAGCUUUUCCUUUACACGUUUUUCAAGAUGUACACACAUCCAUGAGUGCAAUUUGUAUUUCAAUCCCAUACAUCUUGCAGUUUUAAUUUCCCAUGAUUCUUGAAAGACCGGUUAUACUAUAUAUAUAUAUAUAUAUAUAUAUAUAUAUAUAUAUAUAUAUAUAUAUAUAUAUAUAUAUAUAUAUUUUUUUU